AUGGUUCAUAACGUGGUUUUCGUGUUGGGACCUCCAGGAUCGGGAAAAGGAACGAUUUGCGCCAAAAUUCAAGAGGUACGGUGUUUCAUGGGGGCGGGAAAUUUAAAUUUUUUUCCUGUUUUUUAUGGGGGAAACGUGGAAAAUACGUGGAUUUUUAAAAACUUUCUGCGAAUUUUUACUUGAGAAUUUUCUUUGAAAUUCAUGAGUUCCGCUUAAAAAUACGUGGAUUUCUCAAAGGAAAAAUUCAGCUUUUCCAAAAAAACAUUUUUCGAUUGUAAAACAAAUAAAACGUGGAAAAUCAACAACAAAACCGAAUGUUUUUGAACAAAGAAAAUACGUGGAUUUUUUGGCGGGAAAUCCUACAGUAACCUUAGGCUAAUUUGGAAUCAAAAAAUAAAUUCAAACAGGGCUCGUGAAGCCACGUGGUUUUUGAAUUUUGGUGCUAAAAUUAUCUCAAAAGAUUGACAUCUUAUCAUAUCACAUUUCUGUAACUAUAGUCUAGUUUCAGAUUAACUAUAAAAAUAUUUUUUCUGAAAAUUGGCUUUCGGACUAUAGUCUAGUUUGGAUUUCCAGAUUCCACGUCAUUUCAUUUUUAGCGCAUUUUCCUCUUUAUUUUUCCCUCCUAUUCAACACUGUGUAAACAAAACGUGGGAAAACAUAAAUACAAAAAAAAUGUUUAUAUUAUAUGAUAACACAAAUUUUCUUUUUUUUACAGGACUUCAACUACAUUCACCUUUCGGCUGGCGAUUUGCUGAGAGCCGAAAGACAACGAGAAGGCAGUGAAUUUGGAGCAUUGAUUGAGGGACACAUCACAAAUGGAACUAUUGUGCCGGUUGAAAUCACUUGUAAAUUGUUGGAGAAUGUAGGUUUUUUGUGGGGAAAUUUGAGGAAAAUGGAGAAUUUUGAGCCUAAACAUGACCUAGACGUUAGUUUAGGCCUGAAGCUCAUUUAGGCUCAAAAAUCCGGCCUUUUCUCGUAAAAAUGCACCGCUUUGAUCAAAAAUUGGUCCAGGGCUCUAAAAAGUCCCAAAUUUUCGGACUUGGGCUCAUUUUUGACCAACAUUAUGAAGUGGCAAAGUUUGAGCAAAAGCAUUGCUCAUAUUAGCCUUGUAAAGUUAUCAAAACUUUUCCACGUCAUCACAAAAAUCCAAAAUUGCUCAUUUUAUAUUCAAAAUGCUCCGAAUUUCUUCGAAAAUUCAAUAAUUGCUCAAUUUAAAUUGAAAAUGGUCCAAAAAAUUUUUAAAACACUAAAAAUUGCUCAUUUUAUACAAAAAAUGCUCCAAAUUUCUUGAAAAAUCCAAAAAUUGCUCAUUUUACACUCAAAAUGCUCUGAACUACUUAGCUCAACUGUGAAAAUUGUAAUCGGGAGCAUAUUGAGUAUGAAAUGAGAGAAUUUUUGGAUAUUUCAGAAAAUUUGGAGCAUUUUGAGUAAUUUCGGGGAUUCUGAAAAAAUUUGGAGCAAUUUGCCACGUCAUAACUCUCUUCAGAAUUGAGCCAACUAAUUUUUGAGAACUGGAAAAAAUCUGAAAAUUUCAGGCGAUGAAAGCUGCUGGAGAUGUGCGCGGUUUCCUUGUCGAUGGAUUUCCAAGAAAUCAAAAUAAUCUAGAAGGAUGGAACGCUGAAAUGACUGGAAAAGUCGACGAAAAAUUCGUCCUGUAUCUCUCAUGCCCCGUCGAUAUUUGCAUCUCACGAUGUUUGAAUCGCGGACAAGGAAGAACUGACGACAACGAAGAAUCGCUCAAAAAACGCGUCGUCACCUACAAUAGCCAAACUUUCCCAAUCAUUGAACAUUUCGAGAAAUCCGGACAAGUUCGCGAAGUGAAAAGUGAAAGACCGGUGGAAGAAGUCUAUGCGGAUGUUGUCAAACUUUUCAGCUAA